AUGAUCAACGAAAUUCAACCCCAUCUAGGCAACUUGGUCAUGGUCUCCGGCAGUGAUAAAACCAUCCUCUUGGUUCUUGUCAACUGCCACGCCGAUCCGGGACCCCAGAAUGUGGUAAUUAGCCUUUUUGAGUUCCAAAGAAUCGUCACAUCUGGUACCCUAUCAUCUUUCGGAAAUCUCAAGAUUGGUGGCGGCAAGAUUCCAGAAGCCAACCGGCAACUCAUCUGGAGUCCUAGUCCCAAAAAUGAUAUGCCAUGGGGAAUCGUGGUAGAGUGCCUGUGGUUGCAACUCUUAAGAUAUGGGAAAUUCUCCGAGCGGAUACAAGCUAUCCUUUCAAAUGCCAGUUUGGCAGUAUAUGCGAUAAAUAUCGGACACGCCCCUUCCCGUCCUUCAUCCCGCGGUGAUCGGCCAUGUCAACGGCGGCUUCGUGAUGUGGAUCGGCUCUUGCGCUCCGACCCGGACGUACAUGUCAAAGUUAGUGUUGAUAUGUUGGCUUUAUGA